AUGAAGCUGGUCGCAAUCCUUUUGGUGGUCUUGCUGCCUGCCGUGCUUGGUGACGGCUACUACGGCCCACACAGUCGUGGACAUGGUCGCUUCUACAGAGGUGCCUAUGGAGAUCACACCGGUGGGCAAACUGCCGCCUCUGAGUAUGACCUCAGGGGACGUUUGAGCCAGCGUGGAGAAUCCAGCUACAGCGGAGAGUGGGACGCUCAUGCACGUGAAGAUGACAAAGACUUCUACGAAAUGGGAGGACGAUAUGCUGUCUAUGGCAAGGCGUCAGAUGACACUGACUAUGGUCUCAACGCCUACCUGAAGGCCAAGGGUAGAUUUUACGGUCACGGAAAUGAAGAACAAGGCAGCAAGUUUGAACAGUUCACCAAAUUCCGUCGUGGUGGGGGACACGAUAGCUAUGGCAAGAAGAAGCACUACAACGACUACGACAGUUAUGGUCAAAUGAAGAAAUAUGGCAACCGCGAUGUUUCCAGCAAGUUUGAACUGUACGGGAAACUGAAGGCCAAGGGGAAAUUCGAUGCCUACGGUAAGAGCGACGUUGCUAGUGAAUUCGACAAAUACGGCAAAUACGGACAAUCUGGCAGCAGCAAAGAUUACGCUGACCGCGAUUCCUACGGCAAACUCAGUGGCUAUGGCAAGUACAAAGCCUACGGGAAACUGAGCGGCUAUGGUUCCAAGGAUGAUUACUCGAAAUACGGCCGCCACGCUGACUAUGAUGAGCUUGGAUACUAG